CAGCAACACCAAGAAAGGCAUACUGGCAUAUGUGAGCAUUCAAUUGCCUUCGAUGCUCUCCUAUACCCGGCGCCUGUAUUAAUAGAGCCUUCAGCACAUUGCGCAGACACCACAAUCCUCCAGGGCUUUGGCCGAGCGAUGGGCGGCGAGCAGCGACAUGACGCCCCUCUUCCCGCGCUCAACGCGUGAUCACUUUGUCGAGCCACCAUCUAUACUCGAGCGCCUUAUAGCUGGAUUACCCAGCGGACUCGCGGCCCAAAUGCAGAGAUUGUGGGAUCGGCAGAGUUACAAUCCCGUCGCGACGAAUUCCUGGAGGCCCCCCAAGUCUUUGCGUCACAUACAGGGGAAUUGGAAUCUGCGGAGGCUGCUAAGUCUGCCGCAUAUCUUCGUGGUUCUCUGGGUUCUGCUACUGUUGUGGGGCGAGAGAUGGGUGUUCCAGAGAAGCAUUGAGGAUUGUGAAUGGGGGAAAUGGGAAAGAUGGCCCACAGGAGCAACGCCGCACCAUUUGGUAUUCCUGGCUGACCCCCAGCUCACCGAUCCGCAUACUUAUCCUGGCCGACCGUGGCCUCUCUCCACCCUCACCGUUUUGCACACGGACAAUUACAUGAAGCGCUCCUAUAUCCAGCUCCAGAAGGGCCUACGCCCCGAUACGCUGUUCUUCCUAGGCGACCUCUUUGAUGGGGGCAGAGAAUGGAAAACGGCACAUGGGAAUACGAUAGAUCCGGCCUGGGCAAAUGGCAUGCGGCCGUCGGGGGAGCAGGCGUAUGCUGAAACCUGGGGCAAGAGGUACGGGGAGGAUUUCUGGCUGCAAGAGUACGACAGGUUCGGUCGGAUAUUCUACAAAUUUUGGGGCCUAGGUGGAUAUGAAGCAGGUCCUUUUCAGCGAGGGAGGAAAAUAAUCUCGAGUCUUCCAGGGAACCACGAUCUGGGAUUCGGGGAAUUUAUAAAAGUCCCUGUACGGAACAGGUUCGAAACAUACUUUGGGGAAGGAAAUAGGGUGGAUGUUAUUGGGAACCACACAUUUGUCUCGGUCGAUACAGUAUCAUUAAGUGCUGGGUCAUCAGAGCAUGGGACAGAAGAAAUCACGAAGCCUGUAGAAGACUUCUUAUCAGGAGUUCAGGUUGCAAAGCGGAAAGCUGUGGCUCGUGAAUUGAGCUUCCAAGCUGGGAACGAGAGAGUUCUGCAAUACCCUCAUGUUGCGGAGGAUCUCGAGAAAGUUGACUUUGCGCAUCUACCCACACUCGAUCCUGGGCCUCAGUCUGCUGAAUUCCCAACUAUUCUCCUUACCCACGUCCCACUCUACCGAAGCCCAGGGACUCCGUGUGGGCCCCAUCGAGAACACUGGCCGCCCUCGACACCACCAAAGGGUCAAUCGUCACCGGUGAACCCCGACGAUAGAAACGCAAUCCCGAUUGCAAAAGGGUACCAAUAUCAAAAUGUCCUCAGCGACGCGGAUUCCAACAGACUCGUCUCCACGGUCGGUAACGUGGUGUCCGUCUUCUCAGGCGACGACCACGAUUACUGUGAGAUCGUCCACCCUCCAGAGAAGAACAACGCCCGGGAAAUAACCGUCAAGAGUAUGAGCUGGGCCAUGGGUAUUCGAAAACCCGGUUUCCUCAUGCUCAGCAUGUGGAAUCCCGUCGGCCCAGACGGGGAGCCUCUCCACUCCAUGCAUACCGGGCACGGGACAGGGGCCGCCGUAGGCUCCUCGACGAUCGAGAGCCAUCUUUGCCUCCUGCCCGACCAACUCAGCAUCUUCAUCCGCUACGGGAUCUUCCUCGGCAUAAGCCUCAUCUCACUAAUUCUCCGCGCCAUCCUGACGCCCAUCCUCAACCUCCAACCCUUCUCCUCCCCGGCCCCGUCCAACAACAACAACAAUGACUCCUCUCUCCUCCCCACCUCCAACAAGAACUUCAAGCGUCGUGAGGACUACGACCUCGACAACCGCGAUCAUCAUUCCUCCAACUCCUCCACCUCCUCCACCUCCUCCAACACCAACCUGACCAGCCUCGCGCCCCGCUCCUCCGCCGCUCGCAGCAGCAGCACCCGGAGCAUCAGCCCCGCCAAAGGCUACGGGAUCCCCUCCAGCCACGUGCGUUUCCACACCCCAUCCCCGCCCACUCCGAACCCAAACCUGAAUUACAACUUCGAUCCGGCCGACGACAGGAGCAGCAGCAGCAGCGCGGAUGACUCGACAGGCAAGAGCAGGAGAGGCAGUGUUCUAGGCCUGGUCUGGAGAGAGAUCUGGACGAGCGUCUGGCGCGUCGCCUGGAUCGUGUUCGCCGUGUAUCUUUACUUGGUCUGGUUCGGUUGAGUGGGUGCCGGUUUGGUGGGAAAAUAGGUCAGAUGGAUAUAUAUAUACCUGCAAAAAGCAUGGAUGGAUGGAUGGAUGGAUGGAUGGAUGGAUGGGUCUGGCGUUUAGCUAUCUAUGUACCUAUUCUCUGUAGUCGGAGCCUCUUUGAAAGAAGAUGGCAUGGCAUGUAUAUGAAUGGCGUUGCUUUCUAAUCAAUAAUAUACCUAAAGCAUGAUUUCUCGAG